GUAAUAAGAGUGGUCCGCAAGUCGCUCGACGUGCGGAAGAAGCUGCCCGAACCGCGCUGGACCUACGUCGUGGACGUCGAGUGCGCCGGCGCUUCGCUGAGCAGCCGGGCGCUGCGAGCGGCUCGAGGGUUUGACCGUAGCGCCCGCGCGCGUCACGGACACGAAGAAGAAGCGCACUGUCGUCGUCGUCGGCUCGGGCCCCGCGGGCCUCUUCGCGGCGCUGCAGCUCGCCUCCGACGGCUGCGCCGUGACACUGAUCGAGCGCGGGCGAGCCCGUCGAGCGCCGCGGCCGCGACAUCGGCCGGCUCAUGGCGGGGCGCCAGCUCCAGGCGCAGUCGAACUUUUGCUUUGGCGAGGGCGGCGCGGGCGCGACGGCGGCGUCUUAAGGAAAGCGUGGUGGUGGGGACCGUCGACCGGGGGAACGCGACGCAGGCACGUGGUCCGACGGCAAGCUCACGACGCGCAUCGGCCGCAACUCGGGCGACGUCCGCGCGGUCCUGCGGACCUUCGUGCGCCACGGCGCGCCUUCGGAAAUAUUGACGCAGGGCGCGCCGCACCUCGGCACGGACGGCCUCAUCGGCAUCCUCAAGUCGCUGCGCGGGCAAUUGACGGAACUCGGCGUGGACCUGCGCUUCGGCACGCGGUUGCUGGGCCUCGAGACGGAAAAUAACGAAAGCGCGCUGGCGUCCCGCGUGCUGGGCGGCCGGAGAGGCCACGAUACAUGCGGACGCCGUCGUCUGCGCCGCGGGCCACAGCGCCGACGACGUCUACGACGCGCUCGAGGCCGCGGGCGCCAAACUCGAGGCGAAGCCCGUCGCGGUCGGCUUUAGGGUGGAGCACCCGCAGUCGUUGGUGAAUGGUCUGGCCUACGGCGACCUCGCCUGCCGCGUCGUCACGGGCAAUUCUAGAACCGACAAGGCCAAUCUGUUAAGGCACCCGACCGACGAAGCUUUGUCGAGGGACUCGGAGGCUCUGUUACCGGUCGCGGCAUAUAGACUCGCGGCGGACGUCGGCGACCACUCCAUAUAUAGUUUCUGCAUGUGUCCUGGGGGGCAAGUUGUUCCAGCUCUAACAAAACCGUCGGAGAUGGUCGUCAACGGCAUGUCCUACUCGCGGCGGCACUCGCUGUUCGCGAACGCGGCGCUGGUCGUGAGUGUUGCGACGGACGACCCGUGCUUGGAUCAAACGAAGGGUGCGCGGCGCGUCCUCGCCUUCCAGCGGUCGUUGGAGAGGAAGGCGGCUCUCUUGGGUGGCGGCGACUACGUCUGCCCCGUCCAGCGCCUGACCGAUUUCGUCGACAAGAAAGCGCCGCGUCAGAGACCGCCGCCGGCGUCGUCCUAUAGAUUGGGCGUGCGCGAGGCGUCAUUGCACGACGGCUUACUCCCAGAUCCCUUGGCGGACGCGCUGCGGGCCGCGGCGACGGGCGCGUUCGAAAGGUCCAUGCCCGGAUUUGUCGGCGACGACGCGAUCCUCCACGGCGUCGAGACGCGGACGUCGGCGCCGUUACGGGUCGUGCGCAAUGCUGAAUGCGAGUCUGUGUCCCUCAAAAACUUAUACCCGUGCGGCGAGGGCGCGGGCUACGCUGGGGCAUCGUGCCGCGGUCGUCGACGGGCGCGCGUGGCGCGGGCCGUGAUCGGC